AUGGCGGAGAAGGGCCCCGAGACCCCUCUGAACAGGGACAAGCUGGAAGCUCAAAUCAAGUCUGCUGAUAUGACCGAUGAUAUGCAGCAAGAAUGUAUUGAAGUUGCUCAAGAAGCCAUGGGCAAGUUUCACGUUGAAAAGGACAUUGCACAACACAUUAAGCGCACGUUUGACGAGCGCAAGGGCCCUACCUGGCACUGCAUCGUCGGCCGUAACUUUGGCAGCUUUGUCACCCACGAGACCAAGCACUUUAUCUACUUCUACCUCGGCCACUGCGCCAUUCUCCUCUUCAAGACCCAGUAG